CGCGAACUUGAACCUAAGCUAGAACAAUUACCAGACCAGACUUGCUGAGCGCGGCUCUUGACUUCGACUUCUACUUCAGCUUGAACCUCCGCUUUGUUCGAGCCUGCCAUCACGAUCGCAGCUCUCUGCUCUGCCCAAAACAGUACAGCGACUGCAAGUUUUGAUACCCUCCAUUACCGACCUGGCCUCUUCUCUACAGCAACGGUUUCAGUACACUGUUACAAUGGACGAGCGCGAUGAAGACCGUCAAAGGAAGCAGCGCGAGCUUGGAGAGCGAGAAGCUGCUCGCCUCUGGCGCGCAUGGCGGACAGUCCAUGAGAUGGUGCAGGAUCGGGGCUACGAGUUGUCAGAUGAAGAGGUCAAAAUCUCCUUUGACGACUUCAAGAGCCAAUACACUAGCCAGGAUGGCAGCGUCAAUCGCAAAGCAAUGAACUUUUCUGCCCGUCCCAGCGACGUCAUGAUGACCCGUUAUGAAAAUGACAAUGGUGAAGGUUCAGACAUUGGAACCAUUUGGGUCGAGUUCCUGCCAGAUACUAGCGUAGGAAUCAAGCAAAUGCGUACCUUUGCCCAGCAUUGCUCUGCUAACAACUUUGCUACCGGUAUCCUCAUUACCAAUGUCAACAUCACCCCAGCCGCUCUCAAGAUCAUUCCUGCCGUUGCAAGCGAGACCAGAAUCGAGUGUUUCGUUGAGACGGAUCUUUUGGUUAACAUCACCCAUCAUGAGCUGGUACCUAAGCAUGUGCUGUUGAGCAAGAAAGAGAAGACGGCACUCUUGUUGAGAUAUCGCCUGAAGGAUACACAGCUGCCAAGAAUCCAGCUGGGCGACCCAGUUGCGCGAUACUAUGGCUUGAGACGAGGGCAAGUGGUGAAGAUCAUUCGGAAGUCAGAAACUGCAGGACGCUAUGCCAGUUACAGACUAUGUGUUUAGGUACUUGGGGCUUUGGAGGCAAGGUUAUCAGGGUCUGAGAGAUGGUUGGAUGGCGUUUUCGGAGUCUUGAUUGUAAUAGAAAAUGCAUUAAGGGCGUUAUGGAAGGACACGUACCGCACGAAUAACAAUCAACCAGCAAGCUUGUACCAAGAGUUCGGCAUUUAUCCAAUAGGUCUUGGCUUAUCUGCCCAGCAAAUGGAGAGAAAUCCGAGCCAUCAGAGAGACAAGACAAGUGAAUUGAGAUGUGACUCAGGCCUCCAUGAGCGUUCGGAGUGAAGCACAAUUAGACCACUUGCUUUGACCCACCGCUUCAUGUAGGAGACCUGCAAAUUUUAUAGUCCAUCUCUACCGAGUCACCCUUCCUUGCCUCACUUGGAGCAGUGAAAGCGAGUUCGAAAGUCACAAGAC